UGAACAAAAUUUGCAGCUAAUUCCAUUUAUGUGCUUGUUUUAUUUUUCCUAAAAUUUCUUCUUUCCCUUUCAACUCAUCAUUUUGAGCUGACAUUGUUCUUUUUGGGUUUUCCUUUUUGAAUGUUUAUGCCUCUGUUUUGUAAUGGAAUAGAAGGCUUCAUUCUCUGAGUUACAGACCUUGGCAUCAUCAUAUUCUAGUUACAUCGGGCAGCCAUGGGCAGUUAUGCCACUAAAUUUCGCUACGUCAAAUGCCCAAAAUGUCUCAAGCUUCUCAUGGAAUUUGAUCAUAUUCCAGUAUACAAGUGUGGUGGAUGCGGGAAAGUUCUUCAAUCAAAGUUGUACAAUGUUAAUGGGGGUAAUGUCAUCUCUGGAUCAGUUGAUGCAAAUCAGGCUCAUACCAGACCGAGAAUUGAAUCUUCAAAUGAUGUGUCCAUAAGUUCUGUGAAACAAUCAGUACCUUGCUCUUCGAAUGCAGAGUCAUCAGAGGUUGAAGAAGGCCAAGUAGAAGAAGAGAUAAUAGUUUCAAAUCUCAAGUCCACUUCCACAAACGCUGGACAAAAUGUUCAGAAGGAUGAUUCAGAGUAUGUUGGACAAAAUCAUAGCAUGAGAAAUAAUACUGGUCCUGAUUCUUCUUUGAAUGAAGAAUUGGAGAAGUCUCUGAAACCUGGAAAGCAAGGCUCUGAUAGCCCAAGUGUUUCAUCAGAGCAGAAUAAGGUUGGCAAAACAGCAGUUCAUGAUGAGCUUACUGGUGGCUCAAGAUCCCCAUCUGCUAGAAGCUAUCAAACUUAUGAUGGUAGUGUCUCUUCCUCAGAUGAUGGAUACAGUGAUCGUGUUUGGAAUAGACAUUCGAGCUUAUCUCGAAGAACUAUUGGGCACCAGAUUGUUCUUGAUUCAGCUGAUGAGGAAGAAAAGGCAGACGCCGUGGUAACAAAUGUUACUACUUACAGAGACCGAAGAUUUCUUUAUUCAUCUGAUAUUGAAGGAAGGGAAGGAGCUGAUGCCUUGGGAACAAAUGGUAUGACUAAUGAUGCUGAAGAGAACCUUGAAGUAAUUUCCCGAAGAGCUUACAGAAGACGAAGAAUUCUGCAUUCUGCUAAUGCUAAAGAGGAGGAACAAGAGAAUGCUAUUGAAUCAAAUGACACGGCUAGUGGUUCUGAAGAACAUCUUCAAGGGGGUUGUGUCAUAGACUCAAAUGCCAUUGUUAGCACCUUCAAUGAACAUUGCAAAGUUGACAAUGCCAGAGAAUUGAAUGGCAUGAGUAGCACUUUUGAUGAACAUCGCAAAGGGGACACUGUCGUAGGAGCAAAUAAUAUGAGUAGCAUUUUUUAUGAACGUUGUGAAGGGGACAAUUUCAUAGCAGCAAAUGGCAUGAACAGAAUUUUGGAUGAACAUCACAAAGGCAACAAUGUCAUAAGUACAAAUGAUAUGAGUAGCCCUUCCCGUGGACAUUGCGAUAACAAUGACAGUUUCAUAGGAGCAAAUGACAUGAUUAGUACUUUUGAUGAACGUCACAAUGACGGCAAUGCCAUAGGAGCAAAUUAUAUGAGUAGCACUUUCCAUAAACAUUGUGAAGGGGACAGUUUGAUAGGAGCGAGUGUCAUGACUAGUACUUUGGAUGAACAUCACAAAGGAGAUGAUGCCACAGGAACAAAUGGCAUGACUAGCACUUCGGAUGUCCAUCACAAACGGCACAUGUCUAGCAGUUCUGAACGGCAUCUUGAAGGCAAAAGCCUUGCAUCAAACCCAUUAAAAGACGGUCCUGACUCAGCUAUUGAUGGUACCUCUGAUUCAAAUGCAGAUGAAUUAUCUUCAGAAAUCAGAACUCAUGGACAAGGGUGGAGAAGUUCAUUUGACUCAGAUGAAUUUUAUUCCGUCCGGAAUUGGCUUGAAUCAGAAAAUGGUGGGCCUUCUCGAUCGACUUCAAGAGGUUCAAACUUCUAUCCUGAUUCACUCCAAUAUCAGAAUGGCAUUUCUGGCACCAAGUUGAAGAGUGUCAAAAAUGAACGAGAGGAGUUACUAUGGAAAGUUAGUAAGCUAAGAUAUCAACUGGGUGGAUUGUAUGAUCAGAAAAUGAAACACAGUGCUCAUCUCAGCAGCAAUGCACAUAGUCAGCCGAUGAUGCACCCCCAUUAUUCUGGACAUCAAGUGUGUUGCAUGCCACAACAGUGCCAGUUCUCAAGAAUACCGUUCUCCGGUCAGCCCUGCAGUUCCUGCCUCCAUUGUUUACCCCCUCAGUCCUGCUGCCAUAGUGGACCAUGUUACUCUAGUUCUCACAGUAUGAGUAGCCAAUCUUCAGAGGUUCCAUGCUAUCACAAUUCACAGAGAGGUGAUGGCUAUGAGUCGGAGAAGACUCAUGGCAAGGACAAGAAGCCACGGGCCAAGCGCCAUUGCCUUCCGAUGUUGGGAGGUGCACCAUUUGUUGUUUGUACAAAUUGUUCAAGAUUGCUUCAGCUGCCAGCAGAUAUUCUUGUUUCAGGAAGCAAGCAGAAGCUGCGGUGUGGUGACUGCUCUGAAGUUAUUGUGUUUCUGUUUAACAGGAGAGCUUAUACUGAUCCUCUGACUUCUGCUGAGGCAAUCCAUCCACCAAGUGAAAUUGACAAUAAUGAUGAUGUUCUUCAGGGAGACCCGAUUUCUUAUACCGAAGAGUAUGAUCUCUCUUUGGAUAAUAGCUGUUCGACUGAGAUUGAGAUUGUGCAGAAUACUGAUCGGAGGAGCACUGGUAGUGAUAAGCAAAGGGCUGCUUCGCCUCUUCAUAGGCUCAUGGGGUACCAUUCAGCGAGGGAGUUACUGAAAACGCGAUUGUUCGAACAACCGAUGCAAGAUGUCUAUGGAAAUCUGCAGGAGAGACAUAGAGGGAAGGGAGCAUCAAUUCUGAACAGGCAUUCUGCAGAUGAAGCUUCUCCAAGUUUCAUGCAAAAAUAUGAGGAAGAUCAGUCUCCAAAGAAGUUUAAAACUAGAAAGGCUGGUGCUCCACUGCAAGGAAUAAUGAAGAGGGGAGUGAGGGAAUUGAAUCAUGGAUUGGAGAAUUUGAAGAUCAAAAUUAAUGCCAGUAGAAGAACUGCUCCUGCUCCUCAAAAAAAUCAAUUGCAGACAGAUGGUAAUUGGCAUUGAUUGGUUUGUUUAUAGUUCUUACACUUUAUGAUGUAUAGAUGAUAAAGAUGGCUUUUGUUCAUGUUGUUUUCCUUUCACACGAUUGCUUGAAAACCAGCUGUUCAUGUAGUUAUUAAGAAACUAUUGUUUAUUAUUUUUAUUAUUAUUAUUUCUGUAAUUUGUUGUGCAAAUAAAUUAUGA